AUGUGGGUCUGUUACUGCUGUGGACGGGUUGUGGGGGGGGGGGGUGGAGUUGAUCCGCGGGGUGUGUGUGUGGGCGGGUGGUGGGGGGGAGUUUGGGUAGGGGUGGGAGGUGGGGGUGGUAGGUUGGUGGUGGUGGUCGCGUUGGAGUGGAAGGUCGAGGUCUCGAGGGGGGCGGGGGGGCGGGGUGGGGAGGGGGGGGGCGGGCGGAGGGGCCUUGGGGCUGGGGGGGGGUGGCGGCGGCAGGAGGGGGGCGGGCACGGCGGGGAUCGAGAGGAAGGGCUGGAGGGGGGUCGAGGGGGGAGCUCGGGCGGGGAUGGAGAAGAAGAAUCGGACGGGGAGGGGGGGGUGGGGGAGAAGGCGGGGAGGAGCGGAUGGGGAGAAGGGGCGGGAGUGGGCACCGCAGGGCGGGGGGGGGGGGGGGGUAGUGUGGGGGAGGGGGGGGCAGGGGGGGUGGGGGGGGGGGAGGGGGGGGGGAGGGGGGACGGCGGGAGAGGGGGGGACGAGGGGGGGGGGGGAAGGGGGGGGGUGGGGGGGGGGGAGGGCGGGGGUGGGUGGGCUAGGGGGGGGGCGGGGGGGAGCGAGGCGCGAGACAGGGCGGGGGUGGGGGGCCGGGGGGGGGGGGGGGAGGCGGGGCGGGGCGGGGUGGGGGGGGCCGGGGGGGGGCGCGUGGGUGGGGGGCUGGGAGCUAGAGGGGGGGGGGCGGGGGGAUGUGGGGGGGGGGGCGGAGGGGGGGGGGGUAGAGGGGCGGUGGAGGGGCAGCGGGAAGGUUGGGGGGGGGGCCGGGGGGGGGGGGGGUGGCGUGGGGAGACCGGACGGAGCUGGAUCUGGGGGAGGGGGGGGGGGACUUGGCAGUGGAGGCGGGGGGGGGGGGGGGGCGGGGCGGGCAGGGGGGGGGAGCUGGGGAGGGGGGUGGGGGGGGGCGGAAGGGAGGUGUGGGAGGCGGGGGGGCGGCGGGGGGUGGAAGUGCGAGGGGGGGGGGAGGGGGCGCCCGGGCGGGGGGUGACCAUGGGGUCAGGGGGGUUGGGGGGGGGAUGUGUGGUAUGGGGGGGUUGGGGGGGGCAAGCCGCGGGGAGGGGGUUAGGUGCUGGGGCAGUUGGGGGGGGGGCUAAGGAGGUCCGGGGGUAG